UGAUUAAUAUUUCUCGACGCAGAAGGAAUUCUGCGAUGAUUCCAACGAGAAAUACAAACUUCAGUCGGCGAGCGAAUAUUUCUAACUACAUUAUUAUCGAGGUAUUGUUAAUAUUGUUUUUUUCAGAUCUCCGUGUAAAUUGUUCGAAAAAGAAUUUUCAGAAAAAUAUAUUCCAUUUACCCAGCACACAAGAAUCUCAACUUUCCCGACAACGAAGAAACAAAAACCUCCGGUCAUCUCUGUUUGCCUCGUCGCUUUAUCAUUCACAAUCGAUGCCACGCUGUGCACCGAGCAGAGUUUGCAGGCGUAAAAAAGCCAGGAGUGUGCAUUAUAGUUGAUUGAAACGGAAAGAUAGGGAGAAAGAAAGAGACACGAGGCGGUCAAGUCAGGGGAAGUGUUUCGAGUGGCCCAUUUCCCUUAUCACGAUAAAGCCUCGGUUUGACUUGGCGCGACCAUCACGGAGAACUGACGCAGGUAAUACACGGAGUGAUUCACUUUUCGAUUGCGAUUCAUGCGAUCAGUCUUCUCGCGGAUCUGCCGCCGCGAUGAGUACAACAGUUGUGAGUUCGCCAUUGCCAUCGUGUUUUAAUUAUUGUCCUCGAGAGAUGAUUUGAGAUCGGCACGAAACAACCCCCUGGGACGAAGAUGGACGUGGAACUGGUGACCCGAGCGUCCUUGAGCUCUCUGCAGAACGACGACAUCCGCAUCGUCUCUCCAAACAGCUUCGACGAGUGGACCUGGUCCAGCUUGAGGAAACAAUUUAAGUACAAGAGCCUAGAAAAGCUAUACACGGUCUAUCAGAGGCGAUUACAAUAUGGUUAUCUCUCAAUAUUCAUCUUGCUGCAACUGCUGCUUGGACUCAUAUAUUGCUUGACUCUGAUCACAAUGGUCAACAUAAAGGAAUGCCUGCCGGACAUCGUAGUCUAUUGUAUCGUAGGUUCUCUGCUCUGUCCUAUGAUCGCCCUGUCAUUCAGAUCGAAGAUCAUCGCCAAAAACACCUAUUUGCCGAUCAUGCUUUCUUGGCUGAUCGUCGUGCUCUUGGUCGCCGCUGAUCUAGCUAUUCCUCUGUAUUAUACCUUUGCCUAUGCCGAAGGCACCCCGCCGAUAAGACCGGCAUACGCGACUCACGCGCUACUCGCUUGUUACGUAUUUCUGCCGAUCACGAAGAAUUCACAUGCUUUCGUGCUCGGCCUCACCGCCACCAUGUGUUACCUAAUGACCCUGUCGUUAAUCACUUACAGCAACACGUCCGAUCACAUUACCAAGAUUGUCGCCGACGCGAUAUACUUCGUGUGCAUAAACGCUCUGGGACUUUACUUCAGGUUUAUGAACGAGGUCGUUAUCAGGCGCUCCUUCCUAGAUCGCCGGAAGUGUGUUGAAUCCACGCUUCGACUCAACUAUGAAAAGGACCAAGAAGAACAAUUGACGCGGAGUAUAUUGCCACAACAUAUAGUGGCGAAAAUAAAAAAAGAUUUUAGGGAUAUUUUCAAAUUCAUAGAGGAGCACAAGAAAAGCCCUCCGCCGAAAGGCAGGCCGCACAGCGAUCUGUGUGUGGAGACGCACGACAAUGUGAGCAUCUUAUAUGCGGACGUGGUGAAUUUCUCUGGACUUACCGUAACGUUACCGAUACGAAAACUCGUGGAGACCCUGAAUGAUCUGUUCGGGAGCUUCGACGAAGCAUCGGAGAGGCACAACGUGUUGAGAAUCAAAUUUUUGGGUGACUGUUACUACUGCGUGAGCGGUGUACCCACGCCGAAUUCCCAGCACGCCAAAAGCUGCAUUGAUCUCGGCCUUGAUAUGAUAAAAAUCAUCAACGAGGUGAGAGCGCGAGUCUAUCGCGAGAGCGGCGUCGACGUGAACAUGAGGAUCGGAGUGCACUCGGGCAACAUAAUAUCCGGAAUCCUGGGCACGAACAAGUGGCAGUACGACGUUUGGUCGCGCGACGUGGUGAUAGCGAACAAGAUGGAACAAACUGGAAAGCCCGGCAAGGUCCACGUGACUCAGCAAACCUUGGAUCUCGUUAAUGUGAGCGAUUACAAUUGCGCCCCGGUCGAAAGACUGGACGACGAGGUUCUGCAAAAAUACGGAAUACGCAGCUACCUCAUCACGCCGUCCUUGCCGGAAACGCCGAUACCGACGCGCGAGAACAGUUUGAAGGUCAUUAAUUCGGACCCGAUUCUGUCAUACCCUACACCUAACAAACAUUACAUCAAGUUCUACAAUGGACGCUCCAAUACUAUUGUCAGCAAUACUUCUAGAACGAAAUUGAACAAUCAAGCGGACGUUUUCGCGAGCACUUACAGGCGGAGAACGCAUUUUAUGGAUUCCUGUUUACGAGAUUAUCAUUUAAUGUUAAAAGCGGCAGAUGCCGAGAUGGAGAACGCUAUCAAUCAGAUGCCUCUCAAUAAAUGGGAACAAUGGAGCAACUGGAAGCACAUAAAUCCACUUUUCCUGACAUUUCGGCAAUGGAGUUGGGAAAUUCCAUUUCUACGUGAACCGGAUCCUCUCUUCAAGUUUUACAUAGGCUGCUCAUUUUUCGUGCUAAUCUUCAUGGGGCUCAUAUAUUUCACAUCCACGCUUAUGCUCUCCCAAUGGUAUCUGAGUACAAUUGUCAGUUACUCAUCGGCGAUGAUGUUCUUGGUCAUUUUAAUACCUCUCACGUGGAUGCAUUUUGUGUGGAAUCGCUGUAAGGACCCGCACGACGAACACGAAGGACACGUUCCGCAUCCACGGAACAAAUUGUUAUACUUCUUUUACCAAACAAGCGUAAAGGUUAUAUGGAGCGCUCUUUUGAGAACAAUCUUGUACCUGGUGAUCACGAUAAUGUUGGCGGCAUGCGCCAUGUUUGACAUGAUUUUCGAAUGUAAAAACGGAAACAAUAACGUCACGUCCAACGAGUGGGAGACUGGCGCUUCCAAUUUAGAGUGCAUGGUUACACCUUGGCAAAUGACAGAAACCUGCUCGUUGGCUAUCCUCACGAGUUUUCUCUUUCUAAGGGUCCACUAUGCUUUGAAACUCAUAAUAGGCAUCUGUGUGGUAGCCUUUUACGCGUGGAACGUGCAUCGAUGUAAUCUAUUUCAUUCUAGCGACACGUGGAAUCCACACUUGGAACCAAAAGUAGCACAUAUAUUAACUGUGGCAUUUCUCACGUUUUCCUUACAUCUUAUCGAUCGUCAGGCAGAGUACCUGAGCAGGCUAGAUUAUCAAUGGAAACGUCAGCUAACAAAGGAACAAGAUGAAGCGUUUCAUACGAGGAAUGCUAAUAAGCUUCUACUACGUAACAUUUUGCCGGAACACGUUGCGGAGUUUUAUUUGAAUAUGAAUCGAAGUGAGGAGAACGAACCUUAUCACGAGGCUCACAGCAACGUCGCCGUAAUGUUCGCCUCUCUGACAGGAUUAUCAAUCGAUGAGAGUAAUAUUCUCAUCGAUCUGAAUGAGAUUAUCUGCGAAUUCGACAAGCUACUCUUCGAACCCUGCUUCGUGUGUCGCAUAGAAAAAAUAAAGGUCGCCGGAACAACAUACAUGGCAGCUUGUGGAUUGGAAGCUAGUCGACGCAAUUCGAUGCAUAGCACCGAGAGCGAAGAGGAUUCUAAUGACAAUGUGGUCAAGGUGAUGGCGCAAUUCGCUGUACAAAUGAUGUCCGUGCUCGAUAAAAUGAGAUCUUUUGCCACAUCAAAACCUUACAAAUUGAGGAUCGGAAUUUCUCACGGAGAAGUGACAGCCGGUGUUGUGGGAGCUCAAAAACCCUUGUACGAUAUUUGGGGCGAUGCCGUAAAUAUGGCAUCCAGAAUGGACACCACCGGGUUACCUGGAAAAAUACAAGUGACAGCAGAUACGGCUGCCGUCUUGGAACAGCAAGGUGUCAAGUGUCAUCUACGAGGUGAAACGUACGUCAAACCGAAAGGAGAAGUCACAACGUACUUUGUGGGUGUCGAUGAGAAGGGAAUGUUGGAAAAAACAGAUUUUGGAGAGGAAGAGAGCACCAGUUUAUGACAAAUGACAAAUGAUGAUUCAAAUUAAUUUUAACGAUUAAGCUAUUAUCUCCCGAUCGACAAAUCGCAUAAAAAACAUACAGGGUGUAAUCGAACAGUCGUUCUCUACUGUUACAUAGUAUUUGUUGUAAAUGACUAGAACGAUUUCAAUGGCAACAGUUACAUAAAAAGAAUUUCUAUAAUAUAUAUGUUAGAAAUUAAUUGUGACACGAGAAAAACAUGAGUAACAAUGAAAAAUCUUCAUAUCGUUUAAAAUGAAUCUCUAGUUUCAUAUCUAAUUACAUUUAAUAUAUCAUAUAUUAUUCUACUUUUAAGAAAAAAAUAUUCAUUGUCACAGUAAAUGAGAUAAAACAAAUGAAAUAAAUAGCUCUAUAAAAUUUUAUAUAUAUAAAAUGUAAUAUUUAUAUAUAAAGAUAUAUUCAUGUACAAAUUUUUAACGUCAUACAAUAUUGAUGUUCGCAGUGUAAAUAAGUUGAUAGUCGAUACAAAGAUGAAAAUGAUGGCAUUGUUUGAACACAUAAGAAGCGGCUUACGAGUUACACUCUGUAAUGUUUGAAUGAGCAAAGCCGGAAAAAACCAAAGAAAGUGUGAGAGACCAAAGAAUGAAAUGCGCGCGAGAAAGAAAAAGAUAACGCGCGAUAGUAAAAUAACGUAAGAGAAUAUACCUCAAAUGAUUUAUAUAGAUUGUACUCUCGAGAUAUAUCGCGAUAAUGACGAUUAUUUUCCGCCGGCCACACUUUUAUCGCCGUGUCAUACUGCUAAUCAAAAGAUGAAAGAGAUCUAUAUAUAUAUAUUGUACGUAAUUAACAAUGUUUUUACUAUAUACAAAAAGAAUUAUAUUGUACAGCGUCCAAAGAAUGUAUACGAUGUUUUUUCUGCAUCGUGUGUUACUUUACACGUGUAAAAUAAUUAUUAAUCACAAUAAUUGGAUCUCACUUCUCACAUAUGCAACAAUGUUUUCACAAUAUUUCUGGAUUCUAUUUUAUUAUGUGAGAAGAGCGAUACUGAUAAACCGUAUUCAUUAACUUUCUAUCUGUUAAAUCAAAAGUAAAAUAAUACAGUCGCAAAAUGAUAUAAUUUAAUAGUUGCCUUUUAAAAUACAUCUCUCUAUCGACCAUACAAAUGAUGAUACGUUGCGAAAAAAAUUACAUAACGAAAAGAAAUGUUUUUGCUUUUUCUUUUGAAAGCAAGCGAAAUUGAAAUAAAGUUCAUUAAUUAUAGCGAAUAUGUGUAUCACAACUUUAACGCACAUCUGAUGAUAUCUUACUUUUCCUUGUGUUUCUCUAUUUUUCUGACAAUGAGUAUUGACAAUGAGACUCUUAUUUUACGAUUGCGAUUGCGUGUCGCAAAACACAAAGCCGAGAUUGCGAGGAAGAAUAACGCAUUUAUUUUUAUAUCAAAUGCAGUAACGAUGAAGCGAUCGUUUGUUUAUUUGUAAAUAUCUUUUGUAUAUAUUUUUUAAAUAUAAAAAUAAUUGACUAAAAUGUGAUUAUAUCUAACGAUUUGAAUAAAAUAUUUAUUACCGUGUA